AUGGCAAGAGACGAUGAUCUCACAUCAGGCGCAUCCUCCUCCUCCCGAGACAUCGAUUCAUCCCUCGAAGAUGAUGAGCCCGAGCACGACCGUGGGUCUGAGUACGACCGGAAUAUCAGCGCCCUAGAGAAACAAACCACUGCAACCUCCGGCCUCUCGCUCGAACAGCGCGCGCAGUCCGUCAUCUCCAGGAUCCGCAGUCGAGAACCGGGGCAGACGGCCCGCUUUUCGCAUCCGCUGUCACAUACUAGAACGACAGAUGACGUGAUCGUCGACUUUGAGGGCCCUGACGAUCCUUAUCGGCCGUUAAACUGGGGAUUUCGGAAGAAGGCAACCACGACGGUGUUGUAUGGGUUGACUACGAUGGGUGCGACUUGGGCGAGUGCCAUUUAUUCAACCGGCACUGAAGGAGUCAGUUCGCAGUUCGGGGUAGGCGAAGAAGUCAGUACGUUAGGCACAUCGCUGCUUCUCUUCGGAUUUGGACUCGGUCCCUUAGUAUGGGCUCCGCUAUCUGAAGUUUACGGCCGCAAACCCGCCGUUCUAGCACCGUACUUCAUAGCCGCAUGCUUUUCAUUCGGCAGCGCAACGUCCAAAGACGUCCAAACCCUAAUGCUCACUCGCUUCUUCACUGGGUUCUUUGGCUCCGCACCCGUCACAAAUACUGGCGGCGUCCUCAGCGACAUCUGGACUCCUGAGCAACGAGGUGCCGCGAUAGUCGGUUAUGCCAUGGCUGUCGUCGGUGGACCCGUGCUAGGUCCUAUUGUGGGAGGCGCAAUCACACAAAGUUAUCUGGGCUGGCGAUGGACUCAAUACAUAACCGGCAUAAUGAUGAUGUUCUUCCUAACCCUCGACAUCCUCUUCCUCGACGAAUCCUACCCCCCAACACUCCUCGUCUACAAAGCGCGGCGCCUGCGCUUCCAAACCGGAAAUUGGGCCCUCCACGCCCGCCACGAAGAAUGGGACGUCACCCUCAAAGAACUCGGAAACAAGUACCUACUCCGCCCCUUCGCCCUCCUUACCACACCUAUCUGCUUCCUCGUCGCCCUCUACGCCUCCUUCGUCUACGGGAUCCUCUACCUCUCCCUCGCCUCCUUCCCCGUCGUCUUCCAGGAAGUUCGCGGCUGGAACCAAGUUGUUGGCGCACUACCGUUCCUCGCAUACCUAGUGGGUAUUCUCUUCGGUGCGUGUAUCAAUCUCGCGAAUCAGAAGUUCUACAUCUCGCGAUUCAAGGCAAAUGGGAACCGGCCAGUCCCCGAAGCCCGUCUUCCACCUAUGAUGCUCGGCUCCGUCGUCUUCGCCGCAGGACUAUUCAUCUUCGGUUGGACGUCCCGACUCUCCAUUCACUGGUUCCCAUCAAUGAUCGGCGGCGCAUGCAUGGGACUGGGCUUCUUCACGAUAUUCCAAGCAGCACUGAACUACCUGAUCGAUACGUUCCCGACUGUCUCGGCAAGUGCGAUUGCGGCGAAUACCUUUCUGCGGAGUGUCUUUGCCGGGUGUUUCCCCUUGUUUGCGACAAGCAUGUUUCGGAAUCUGGGGGUGCCGUGGGCGUCGAGUGUGUUGGGGUUUGUGGCGAUUGCGUUGAUUCCGAUCCCGUACUUGUUUUAUGUGUUUGGGUUGAGGAUACGGAAGAGGGGGAAGUGGUCGAGGGCUUCUGUUUAUCCGGCUUAG